AUGUUGUCUCUCCGCCCUCUCCGCCUCCUGGCAGCGCUCGCGUUGAGCGGCACCGUCGGUGCGGAACCCUACAACACCUUCGACGGGCCCGGGUUCCCCGCCUGUCACGACGUGGCGGCGGUCCACGACGCGAGGAGCGUGGACGAGAUCCAGUCCAUCGUCCGGGUUGCCGCCGCCGCCUGCUGGAAGGUCCACGCCUCGGGCAAGGCGCACAGGUGGCACGACACCAUGUGCUCCGACGACCCGGGCACGGUCAUCAUCCGCACCGAAGGGGUCAACGUCAUCUCGGGGUUCGACCUCGCCGCGGGCACCAGGGAGUUGAGGCGUCUCGUAAGGGACGAUGGCGACGACGAGUGGCUCUCUGCGUCGACCUCGCUCGGGCUGUUGAGCGUCAUCGUGAGGAUGAAGUUCAAGAUCUACCCCGACUCCAAGGUCUAUGUGGAUCAGAAAAGGUGA